AAAUGAUGAUGAUCGCCGCCGUUGUUCCAAUCCUGUCGCUGCCCGUCGUGGAAUCCACCGGCGACCCAGCGCUCGACGCAAUCGCGGCAAAGUACGGUGACCUCUCCUCGAUCCUUGGCAUGCAGCCCGUUGAUGGUCAAGGCUCGUGCCCUGCGGGCGAUAACUGCAAGGGGUUCUACACAUACUCGCACCUUUCCGAGGCGAUUGCGAACUGGAACACGCGGUCAGGCGCUGACGAAAAGUUCCUCAACGACCAAGAUGUCGAGACCAAUGCGCGCACGCUUGCUGCGUUCGUCGCAAACGUCAAGUACGAGACCGCGCUGUUUACCGCGUGCAAGGAGCGGCUGAAGCUCGCUGACGGUACGUGCCCAGCAGGGCCCAAUAGAUGCAGUGGCGGCAAGGUCGGCGACUACACGAGCGCGAAGGCCAAGGCAAGCGGCAGUUGGACCGUCACCAAGUGCAAUGGCCAGACAGCCGCUACGCAGGGCUGCACCGACUUCUGGGGCAACACCCUCGACGGCGAAAAUUGCUGGUAUGGCCGUGGCGCCUUGCAGCUUUCUUGGCCGGGUAACUACAACAAUGUUGCCGCGGCCAUCAAGACCGGCUCCAACGUCGACAUCUGUGACGACCCGGAUGCAAUCUGCAACAGCGCCACUACAGCAUUCAGCGCAUCGAUGGCGUACUGGAAGCUGAACGAAUCGCCGUGGAUCCAUGGCAAUUCCAACCCGGACUGCAUGGCAUACACAUUUGCGUGCGCGCUUCAGGUCGUGAGGCCAGCUGAUACGUCCACGAACAAAGAGCGCGAGGAACAGUACGUUAAGUAUCUCAAGGCCAUGGGUAUUACUGGCCCAGCACCUCCACCGAAGCCCGUCAAGCCGAAAAAGGGCACCUGCACCAACAUCAAGUGCAGCGACGGCUCGACCGGCUGCAAUGGCUCGACCGGCUGUUGCCCUUAUACUGACACCCCGACAGGAACGGGGUUCUGCUCCUGCGGCACGAGCUGGCCCGACGCACGCGACUCCGGGAUCUUUUGCAAUGCCUGAGCUGCGGUCCUUGGCAGCAAUGUCCCCUCAUGAAGUCUUCGAGUUCAAACUCGACGCCUCCUUUGUCCGCCAUGUGACGAUCCUGAACCCUCGCUGUCCAUUGCAUUGUACUUUUGUGUGUUCACCUAGUGCCUGUGCAUUAGUUCACCUCUAGUGUCUGUCCAUUAGUCCAGUCUGCUUGUCAAGUGAGACGUUUCAACCGAGAAAUCGAUGCAUUCUAACGAGG